AUGGAUUCCUUCUUCCCGUACUGCUACAAAAGCAAAUCUAACGUUGACACACUGCCGAUUACACCGAGAGCUAUAUCUUCUCGCCUUUGGAUUCUGCUUCAUCUUCAACCAUGGAUCAGAGAAGUUUUUGGUUCUUUGGGCGGCUGUGUUCUUGUCUUGCUAUGCUACGAUAUAUAUAUCUAUACAGAAGAAACAAAAGACUUCAUACGCUUGGAGAUCGUUGUUGCAAAGUCGAGAUUUGCAAAGACAAGGUCUAUGAUUUGCUAUGGAGACGACUCGAUGAUCAACGCUUGGUCCGAUCCCUGGAAACAGCUGGAACGAAACAAAAAUUUGAUAGUGCUUGCAGAGGAAGAUGUCAAAGAAAAAGAAGCAACAAAAUCAUCAAAGAAGCAACGAAAUAAGCCAUACGUUUUGGAGAUGACGGCCAAAGAAUUAGACAAAGUGUCAAAGCACAUGCAGAGUAACUAUGAAUGCUCUCGAAAGCUAACUACAAGCGCUUUGAUCAUGGUAAUGCAACACUGUUGGACUAAAGGAUACACGAAGGUUAUUUUUUGAAGGUGACUGUCUAGUUUUCAGUCUCACUUUUAUGUUCCUUCUAUUAUCACGAAUGCCUUAUAUUGUGACUAUUGAAACUCUUGACACCACUAUUAAUAACGUCAGAUGUU